GCUGGAGAGGGAGCCCGGCAGCUGCCGCGCGCCCGCCGAACGCGGGCGCAGGACCCAGGCGUCUGAGGCCGGGCUCCGGUGGGGGCCCCCAUCCCCCCACCCGCGCCCCCCCGCCCCCGGGGCCCCGCCCCUCGCGACCCCCGCGCCUGCCUCCCCCCUCCCCCCCGCGCGGAGAGGGGCCGGUCCCCGACGGCUGCGGGAGGGUGCCAGCCCGCCCCGGAUGGGCAUCUUGGCGCGGGGCUGCGGAGACAUGCUGACGGGCACCGAGCCGAUGCCGGCGAGCGACGAGGGCCGGGCGCCUGGCGCCGACCCGCAGAACCGCUACUUCUACCCGGAGCCCGGCGCCCAGGACGCGGCCGACCGUCGCGGGGGCGCCAGCCUGGGGGCGCCCUACGCCGGGGGCGCCCUGGUGCCCUCUCCGCCGGGCCGCUUCCUCGGAGCCUACGCCUACCCGCCCCGGCCCCAGGCCGCCGGCUUCCCCGGGGUGGGCGAGCCCUUUCCGCCGACGGCGAGCGCCGAGGGCUACCAGCCUGGGGACGGCUACGCGGCCCCGGACCCGCGCUCGGGACUCUACCCGGGGCCGCGCGAGGACUACGCGCUGCCGGCGGGGCUGGAGGUGUCCGGGAAGCUGAGAGUCGCGCUCAACAACCACCUGUUGUGGUCCAAGUUUAAUCAGCACCAGACGGAGAUGAUCAUCACCAAGCAGGGACGGCGGAUGUUCCCAUUCUUGUCGUUUACUGUGGCGGGGCUGGAGCCCACCAGCCAUUACCGGAUGUUCGUGGACGUGGUCUUGGUGGACCAGCACCACUGGCGGUAUCAGAGCGGCAAAUGGGUGCAGUGUGGAAAGGCUGAGGGCAGCAUGCCAGGAAACCGCCUGUACGUCCACCCAGAUUCCCCCAAUACUGGAGCCCACUGGAUGCGCCAGGAAGUUUCAUUUGGGAAACUAAAGCUCACGAACAACAAAGGGGCCUCUAACAAUGUGACCCAGAUGAUCGUGCUCCAGUCUCUCCAUAAGUACCAGCCUCGGCUGCACAUCGUCGAGGUGAACGAUGGGGAGCCAGAGGUGGCCUGCAACACUUCCAACACGCAUAUCUUCACCUUCCAAGAGACCCAGUUCAUUGCCGUGACCGCCUACCAGAACGCGGAGAUUACUCAGCUGAAAAUUGAUAAUAACCCUUUUGCCAAAGGAUUCCGGGAGAACUUUGAGUCCAUGUAUGCAUCUGUUGACACCAGCGUGCCCUCCCCGCCUGGACCCAACUGUCAGUUGCUUGGGGGAGACCACUACUCUCCUCUCCUACCCAACCAGUAUCCCGUUCCCAGCCGCUUCUACCCCGACCUUCCUGGGCAGGCCAAGGAUGUGGCUUCCCAGCCUUAUUGGUUGGGGGCCCCCCGGGACCACAGCUAUGAGGCUGAGUUUCGAGCAGUCAGCAUGAAGCCUGCGUUCCUGCCCUCCACCCCUGGACCCACCAUGUCCUACUACCGAGGCCAGGACGUCCUGGCGCCUGGAGCGGGCUGGCCGAUGGCCCCCCAGUACCCUCCCAAGAUGGGCCCAGGCAGCUGGUUCCGCCCCAUGCGGACUCUGCCCAUGGAACCCGGUCCUGGAGCUUCAGAGGGACGGGGGCCAGAGGACCAGGGCUCCCCUUCGGUGUGGACUGAGAUCACCCCCAUCCGGCCAGAGUCCAGUGACUCAGGACUGGGUGAAGGAGACUCUAAGAGGAGGCGUGUGUCCCCCUAUCCUUCCAGUGGCGACAGUUCCUCCCCUGCUGGGGCCCCUUCUCCUUUUGAUAAGGAAACUGAAGUCCAGUUUUAUAGCUAUUUUCCCAAUUGAGCAGUUGACAUGACAGAAACAGUGUCAUCAGGUUGGAGAACACCAAGUAACGCAGACAGCCGACUCAGGACUGGGAGGCCCCAGCUCCCUCUGUCCCUUCUCCUUUUGUAGUUGGUUGAGGAAGAGGGGGGUCAAGAAGGCUUCUGGGGUUCACGUGCUGCUUUGGGCCCACAAGGAAACCUGAGAGGCGUGUCCCCUGCCCCUUCCUUUGCCCUAACUACGGUCAUUUACCUGGUGCUGCUUCUGGCUGUGGGCUCCCAGCUGGAGAACAGAUGGAACAAGAAGGUCUUGGACACAAAGGAGCUUCCUCUCUUCGGUGGGGUGGGGUAGGGGUCAGGUGGGGCAGGCUGGGCACUGCAGACUCGGCUGUCUUCCUUUGUAGAAUGUACUUUCGGCAGUUCUGUUUGCAUGUGUGAAAAUAAAGAUACCGUGGAUUUGAUGACAGCCAGCCAGCCAGCCGGGGUCGGCGAGAGGACUCGGAUGACUUUGGGGCAGCUUGCCUGGGCCCCACCCGCUCGGAGACAGUGGGGUCCCGAGGAAGGGGCUGGGAAAGGGGGGGCUGGUGCACACCUCAAGAAGCAACGUUUUGGGGUGGGGGUUGGUUGUGUGUGUGAGUGCGCGCUUUUUUCUUUUUUCUUUUUUUUGGAACGGGGAGGCUAUUUAUUGUACAGAGAGUGGUGUCUGGAUAUAUCUCUUUUGUCGUCAUCACUUUCUGAAAAUAAACGUGAAACUGU